AUGUGGGUUGGUUGUUUGCUGGCAAACGUCGGCAGCAACGGUUUCGACUGCCAAUGUGCAGCUCUUCCCAUCAUGGAGUUAAUGCAGCCGCCACAAGACUCACGUAGCGGAGCAGUCGAUAACAACUUGCUCGAGCACUUGGGCUUCCUUGGCUUCUUGCCUUCCUUGGAACGGCUCCAGGCCAAGCAUAAUCGGAUCCGCAAGCUUUCCUUCCCAAUUGCGGCCAGUCCGCUGCUCAAGACCUUGGAGCUUAUUGUGGAGCUGCCGGUAGCAGACUCGCCGCUGCCUGACUCCGGUGAGGAGAUCGGUGAAUUUACGCCUGCGUUGUUGCCUGGUGCCGUGGGAGUAUCCUCUGUCAUACAUCCGCAGAAGUGGACUGAAGAGCAAGUCCGCGACUGGUGGGACAAGAGAACGAAGCGAACCAAAGAGGUGGAACCGCUUUCCAAGGGAACAGAUGGUCGCAACAUCAUGCGGUGGAAUGUGAACCGCUUUGAGCAGAUGUGCAAAGGCGAUACUAACCUUGCUGCAGCCUUGUAUCAAGACUUGCGAAAUGAAGUUCAACGCUUCGAACACUAUCGCAAGACCGGAGUUGUGCUGAAGGCUGCAUCAAUAUCUCCGAAGCCAGGGCCAUGCCAAAGGCGACGACCUUCCGUCACACGAUCCAAGGAUUCCAAGCCCACACCGACUGCCGCACAGACACAGCCACUGUCCCGAAACGGAUUGCAGUUUAAUCCUGCACCGCGAGGGACAACAACCCUCAAGCCCAAGUUUCUCACAAGCAAUCUGAAUCUGGACCAAGGCGGGCAAAAGAUCGCCGUCCCGGCGCCACGCGCUUCCGAACGGAAAGUUGCAAAGGUAGCACCUGCCCCCAAGGCUGCACAGCGAGCCUCAAGCAACGGAGCAUCAGGGCGGCAGAAGCCUGCCUUUCGCAAUCAGGGGACAUCCAAGAUGCCAGAAACAGGGACAGCGGCCCGCAAUGGAGAGAACCAUUUGGCGGAGGUUCCAAGUCGCGAUGGACCGGUUGUUUCAUUUAGUGAAGUGCCCGAAGUGCCCGAACGCCGACGGUCCUUGGUCAUGGAAGACAUCGAUGGGAAGCUGCACCAACUAAGCACAGCAACCCGACGAGAGAAGGUGGAGGUCGAGAAGCCCAAAGCCAUGGACGACACUGCCAUCAUACGACGCACCAAGUCUGCUCGACUCGCUGCGGAAGCAAAAGGCAAGGAGUCGGAAUCCGAGGAUGCCACCAGACAAAUGUUUGACAAGCGAGAGCUUCGGAAGAGGCACAAGUGUGUGUACGAGCAGCAUAUUAGGUCUUGGUGUGAACGAUAUCCGAAAGAGGACUGCCCAGCGCCCGAGCCUUGUCGGGUCCGGGUGUACGUCAGAAAGCGUCCCCUUUUCCCACAUGAGGAGGAGGCAGACGAGUUUGACGUUACAACCGUGACCGGUCGAAAGGUCAUCAUCCACAACUGCUUGACCAAAGCUGACCUACGUUCGUUGUUUGUCUCUCAUAUGGGCUUUCAGUUCACAAAUACAUUUCACGAGUCGGUGUCCGAUGAUGAUGUUUACGAGCAUUGUGCAGGGGCUGCAGUUCAGCAUGUCUUGGAUGGCAACAUUGCUGCACUCUUCAUGUUUGGACAGACGGGGAGUGGGAAGACUCACACCAUGAGUGGGCUUCUGCAAAGAGCUUCGGCGCACAUUUUCCAGCAGGAAAGCACAGUCACUUUGACUGCCUUCGAGAUAGCAGGCAAAGUGAUGCGUGAUCUUCUCGAUACCAAUCCGAAAGAGCUUAAAAUUCGUGAAGACAAGAGUGGCAAGACACAGAUUCUGGGACUUCAAACGCAUGAUGUAUCAAGCAGCACCGAUCUCCUUCGCGUUCUUAAAGAUGCGCAGGCGCACAGAGCUACCAGAGCUACGCAAGUCAACGAGACGUCUUCUCGCUCUCACGCAGUCUUCCGAAUCUCGCGUGAGGCAAAAACCAAGGACGGUGCCGCUACACUCACCCUGGUGGAUUGUGCAGGCAGUGAGCGCAGAGAAGACACCACGCAGCAUGAUGCUCGCAGCCGGAAAGAUGCGGCAGAGAUCAACUCGACCAUCUUCGCGCUGAAAGAAUGCUUCCGGGUUAUGCGCUCCUCCAAGGGUCAGCCACCAUACCGGGAGAGCUUACUGACACGGGUGCUUUCCGAUAGUUUCGCUAGCGAGCAAGCCAUGGUGGUGGCGAUUGGCACGGUGAGCCCAUCAGCGAAAGACACGGAGCACUCUAUCGGAACACUCCGUGCCCUGCAGCAACUCCAGGGUACCCAGAUGAGUUUCGAGGAAAGAGAAGACAUACUCAAGCCGAAGCAGGAAGUGGAAGUUCAAGCUCAUCCGAAGACCUGGUCCGAGGCAGAGGUGCGCCAGUGGUUUGAGGAAGCCUGCGGCGGAAAGGCAAAGGCAUUCGCUGCAACGAUUUCGAAAGGCACUGAUGGCAAGAAUCUGCUCCGCUGGCCGAACCAGCGAUUCACCCAACAGUGCGAGGGCGAUGAGGAUCUCGGCCACCGCUUGUACCAGGAGCUGCGAUUGCGCAUGCGUGCUGCAGGAGGCCAAGACUCAUGCCUUGGUGCUUUCAACCAGCUCGACAGUUCGGAGUCCCAAAAGGCAGUGAUGUCGUUCGCACGUUUGACGCGCUUGCAACUCAACGACAAUCCCUUCGCUGCCGAGAUGAUGGAAGAUUAUAGGCCGUGGGUGCUCAAAAUGGCACCGCAGCUGGAGGAACUUGACAAUGAGACGGUCACUGAGUCUGAGAGGCGCGAGCUCGACUUGCAAGGCUUUGGACACGCAGGGCAGGCUGUGGCGGUCACCUCGACGAUGGCGAGGUCAGCAGCCAGUGCCUCGCAACAUGAAGGCCUUCUAGGCUUGGUGGCCGGGCCUGAUGUUGCAGUGAGCCGGCGAGCCCACAUCUGCACACGGUGCCCCGAUCGAGCCGAAAGCGACGGUACGGGACUGGCAGGAAGAUGCAGUAGCAUCGACUCGCACCAGUCCCAGGCAUUGGGCCGAUGGAAAGCUGGCUGGACCUGCGGCGACAUUUCGGAGGACAGUGGCUGCCCGAUGUGCGCGCUUGCUGCUUGGUGCGAGAUGCUGAACGCGGCGCGGAGCGCUCCAUUCGUUGCUCACACAAGGGACGAGCGGCGGACCGCCGCGCUGCUUUCUAGCUGCGAAGCCAGAUCUCACCGCUUUCGCCGCUGCGAAGCCCUUUUCGCUUUGCGACGAAGACAUGACUUCUGGACAUCUUAUCUGCAGCUCUGCUUCUCACAAUAUGAUUCGCUGACACCAUGGCGCGGCAGGUCUGCUGUUUGUCGAACAGCUGCUUUCGAGUUGACAUGUCCUGGCUCCGAGAGGUCAAGCCAGGCCUUGAUCCUGAAAGCGCAGUCUCGUUGGAGAGGAGUCCUUGCCCGCAGAGCCUUCUCACGACUUUGCCUUGAACGAGUUUGUGAGGCCAUGUCGCACCGACAGCUUCGAUGCUUCGUUCAACUGCAGGCGCUGUGGCGCGGCCAUUCUGCUCGAAAUGCCAUUCGGGCUCGUGGCACAGUGCUACCUGGAGACAAGCGCUCGGCCAGGCUCAAACAUGCGGCCACACAACUUCAGGCAGCACUCCGUGGCUCUCGCGUGCGUCGAAAACUACGAUGGGCUAAGGAAGUGUCGAAGGUGGUGAGCGACGAUCUGGAGGACUGUCCGGAGGUGGACUUGGAAGACAUGCUGCGCGAAGCUCGCACAGUGGCAAAUGCUGACCCGUUCUCAUCCUUGAGUUUGCCCGAAUUGAAGGAAAUGCCUGAGGUAGUCAGCCGGAGUUGUCUCAAGAAAGAGCCACCACAACACCCUGGCCCGAUGGUGGCAUGGACGCCGUUGAACAUUGCUCCAGGCUCGUCACACGACGCCGCCUCGGGGCCCGCACCAACCGAUGCAGGCAGCGACGGUGGCA